UAGUAAAUAAAUAACUUAAUAUUUAUAGAAAAAAAACUAAACCUAUCACACAUAUCUGAGGUUUUAUAAAAUUAUAAUCGAUCUAUAUAUAAUACGCCCUUAACUCAAAGGGCUUUACUAACAGCUGCAGUACAUUAAUAUUUGAAAUAAAGAGGAUGCACUUUCAGUACUUAAAUAUUACUGUGGUGGAUAAUGAUUAACUCAAAGGGGAAACAUUAAAAGCGUAUAAAAUGUUAUUUCACACAGUGAUGGGAGGGAUUAUGUUUUUCUUUAAAAAUUUGAAUGUCUCCACAUUAUUAUUUUUUAACUAUUAAGAGAGUUACAGGUGUAAAUUUCUACACCCUCCUUAUAUGCAGCCAUAUAUAUUCCAUCCCCUUCUAAUUCAGUGCGCUACACAUCCUCUGACGUUCCCAUGAGAUGAAUGGCUCUUGUUGAUGGUCACUGGGCAUCUAUGCUGGCAGCAGCAGGAGGGGGAGCAGGGGGUGAAGCUGUCCUGCAUCAAUGAGCCUGUUGAUCAGAAAAGACCACUAGACUGGUAAUGACACGCUUCACUGAUCAGACCAGGAGAAAAUAAAACUCAGCUUUCACCUCCAGCUCCUAUUUAAGCACGACGUCUGUCACUGAUCCGCAGUCUACCUCACAUACCGACACCUGUCCUGAGUCACCGGGCUGUGGGAUCCUACGAUGAUUUGGACUGCUGCUCUCCUCAUGAUUGUUAUUUCUUACGUUAAUUCAGACGACUACUGUUACGAUGAGCCCCACUGUGAUCCUUAUGCAUGGGGAGACAUGUUCCCCUCCUGUCACCCUUUACUCGAAGAACAUCACUCUCCCAUCAAUCUGGACUAUCAGAUGACCAGAAACGAGUCUCUGGGACCUUUACACCUGGAGGGCUUCGAUGUGACCCAAACGGGCCACUGGACGCUUAAAAACGACGGACACACUGUCAUUCUGCAGGUUGGCAGUGGCAUGUCAGUAAGUGGUGGAGGUCUCCCAGAUGUGUACCACACCAUCCAGCUGCACUUCCACUGGGGAGGCCUGGCCACGAACGGCUCGGAGCACACGGUGGACAGACGCAGAUACCCGAUGGAGAUGCACAUCGUCAACAUGAAGUCCAUCCAUCCAAAUCUGACAGCGGCCUUGGAAGAUCCAACAGGACUCGCCGUUCUUGGAUUCUUCAUUGAUGUUGUUUACGCAGACAAUGUGCACUUUGGACUCAUAUCACAAAAGCUGUCCUCCGUGGCUUACAAAGGCCAAACCACUAAAGUCAAGCCAUUCCCACUGAUGAACCUUCUGCCAAAGCACAACAUGAGUCAGUAUUACCGUUAUUAUGGCAGCCUCACCACCCCUCCAUGUUCUCAAGUAGUUGUAUGGACUCUGUAUGAAGUCCCCAUCUACAUCUCAUGGUCUCAACUGGCUCAGUUUACCUCCCAGAUCUUCUCCACUGAGGAGGAUGCCGAGCUGGUGACACCUCUGCAGAGCAACUUCAGACACAUACACCCUACCUUUAGUCGCAUCGUCUCCGCAUCCAAAGAUGCCAAACUCCUCACAGGGAUGGCCAGUCAUCCCCUCAGGUCAGCUGUGUCACUGCAUCUGCUUCAAAUCGUUUUGCUGGGAAGCUUCAUCUCUGGACUUUAGCGCCACGUUAAGUCCAAACCAUGAAACACUGCAAUGACGAACAAAGAUGGAGUCACUCAGUUUACCCCAAAAUGACAUUUAGAUGUUUAGAUGAUGUCCAGCAAAAAAAAAAAAAACUGUGAAGAAAAGUACUGUAAAAUGUUUGUUACUAAAUGUUUCAUGAU